AUGCCUCCUGCUAACAAAAGCUUGAUGUCAACAUUGAGCUUUCAAGGAAAGACGAUUGCACGAUCUAAGGAAAAUGGUAAGGUGAUGUACAAUGUACUAUUGGAUGAAGCAAAUGGUCACAUCCUCAAGCUUAGUGAAGGCGCUAUCAAGCAUGUCGGCCCUCUUUCAGCCCCUGUAGUUCAGGAAAUUGUUGUCAACACCAAUGUAGUCGAAGCUGAAGACUUGCUGGAAAAUGCAGUGGAUGAAGAUGAGGAAGAGGAAUCUAUCGAUUUGACUUCAAGUCCUGGGUGGACUGCUAGUGAGGUCUAUAUGAACUUUCGUCUAAGUAGUUCAGCAGAAGGGUUCACCUCCUUGAGCUCUCGUUUAAUGAUGAACAAUGGAAGAUGUACCUUUCCAUUGGAUUAUUUCUUGUUCUUCCUCCCUGUGGACCAUGUUUAUUCCAUUAUCCACAACACCAGCCUUCAUGCAAGAAGUUUCGGCCAUUGGGAAGAUAUUACACUUCAUGAAUAUCUCAUGUGGAUCGCACUCUUGACGGUAAUGACUGUGGUCAGACAUGGUGAUAGAAAGGCAUAUUGGAGACAAGGCCAGUCUUUUUUCUUGAUGAAUGCUGAUUUUAGUCAAUAUAUGUCUUUUAACAGAUUCAAUGACAUUAUGACAAUGCAUAUUUUUGAAAUCCCCUCAAAGCAGGCUCAGGAACCUGGCCCUCUUUAUCAAAUUAGGCCCACUAUCCAAGCCUUUAAUGAUCAUAUGGCUAAGUGUAUAAUACCAAAAAGGGAAGAUGUUUGUUUGCGCUUUUCGGUCUCAAAAAGUGAAAGCCUCUGUAUCCUCAUGUGCUCCAUCAAAGAAAAAUCAGUUGUUCAACAUCAGCCAAUAACUGUUAAAGGCUCCAAAAAUAUUGUGAAUCAGUAUAAUGCUGGCUUUGCGGGUCACAAGCGUCCGUACCCCUUUGAUAAUAAGGAAGGCGUUGAUGAAGAACAAGAAGAAGCAGAAGCUGGCAAAGAGGAAAGCGAUGAAGACCAAUGGGCAAAAUUUAUGGACACGGCCAAGAAGAGUCAAGAUGGCUGCCCUUACAGUCCAGCAUCUUUCAAUACAAUUAGAUGUGUAAAGGGUGGGUCAGACCUCCCUGGCUUUCCAAAAAGUCUUUAUAAAGACUAUUUGACAAUAGCAGCAGCAUCAAAUGACAGUGCAGUCCAUGAAUACACGCUUGUUAAAGCAGUGUUUGAAGUAUACGACAAAGUCUACUGUGGAAAGAUUCCCUUGCCAGCCUAUGCAGCAAAGUACAACUACUACAUUGUCCAUCAUUUGCUUGAACAAGUUGCUAAUCAUAUUCAAAAUACGGCACGUGGAUUUUUUCCUGGCGAGACACCUCCGACUGCUAUGAGGAAAACCGCAUAA